AUGAUGAGCGGGAACAGCAGCAGGUGCCCGUUCACGGCAUCGCAAUGGCAGGAGCUGGAACACCAGGCCCUCAUCUUCAAGUACAUGGCCUCGGGGGCCCCGGUCCCCCAGGACCUCAUCGGCCCCAUAAGGAGGAGCUUGUGUCUGGAACCAGCCUCCACCUCUCCGAUGCUCCUCUUCCAUCACCAGCCCAACAGUUGUAACCUUUGGAAUCCUCCUCUCUUUUCACUUUGAUCUUAUCAGUUUCUCACACUCAGGGUUUUGAAUGGCAGUCGGAUGGGGGUGCUUCCAGAUGGGCUUCGGGAAGAAGGUGGAGGAUCCAGAGCCGUGGAGAUGCCGAAGGACAGACGGGAAGAAGUGGAGAUGCUCCAAGGAGGCCUUCCCCGACUCCAAGUACUGCGAGAGGCACAUGCACCGGGGGAAGAAUCGUUCAAGAAAGCCUGUGGAAAUCUCCAUCGCCGCCACCUCCACAUACGCCGCCGCCCCUACUUCUCCCUCUCUCCUCCCGGGUCACCACCUCUCCAUGGUGACAGCCACAGAGGCCCAACAUCUCCUGAACCCCUACGCUGCCUCCUCCAGAAGGCACGACUUCUUCAGGGACCCUUCUUCCUCGUCUGAUGCGAACCGACAUGGGAUGAAGAGUCCUGUGGAUCAGAGGGACGCCUGCUGGAGGUUCACCCCCCUGGGAUUGAGCCCCCUCGGCGAGCGGCGCCAGAGGAGCUGCUCUUUCCUGCAACAGGACGGCGGCGCCGCCGCGCAGGAAGAGAAGCGGCGGCACUGCUUUGUUCUGGGGACCGACAUCAGAGCGGAGAGGGGGAGCGAGGCCCCUCGGCCAGUUAGCUUCUUGUCCGAAGAGUGGUCUCGAAAGGCCAGGGAUGAACAGGCCGGGUGGGGUGCCUUCCCCAUGACCCAACUCUCCAUCUCCAUGGCCCACUACGACUUCCAGGUCGAUAGCUCCCGCUCCGCCGCUGGAAACUGA